AUGGCGUAUAUCGUAGACAUGCGAUCCGAUACGGUUACAAAACCUACCGAAGCUAUGAAGCAUGCUAUGGUGAACUCCGCAUUGGGUGACGACGUUUUUGGAGAAGACCCCACAGUGAAUGCAUUGGAAACCAAAGUGGCAGCGCUGCUGGGGAAGCAGGCGGCCUUGUUCGUGCCCUCAGGAACUAUGGCUAACCUUAUAGCAAUAAUGGUGCACUGCAAUAAGCGGGGAUCUGAGGCGUUCAUUGGCAAUCUUAGUCACAUAUACAAAUACGAACAAGGUGGAGCUGCACACGUUGGUGGAGUCCUCCUCUCAACCCUGGAAAACAAGCCCGACGGCACCUUCGAUCUGGUCGAGCUUGAGAAGCGGAUCAGAGGCACGGACAUCCACGAGCCUAUUACCUCACUGGUUGCAGUGGAGAAUACACACAAUGUUUGCGGUGGAAAGGUUCUUCCACUGAAAUUCCUGGAUGACCUAGCAGCUUUGUGUAAGAAACAUUCUCUCCCAAUCCACAUGGACGGUGCCCGACUGUUUAACGCUGCCGAGUCUUCUAAGGAGACUCCUGCGAGAAUCGUUCGGGACUGCGACAGUGUGUCUGUGUGUUUUAGCAAGGGACUUUCCGCUCCGGUUGGUUCAGCUCUAGUCGGAUCCUGUCACUUUAUUGGACAAGCUCGUCGCAUGCGUAAGAUCUUGGGUGGUGGGAUGCGUCAGGCGGGAGUGUUGGCGGCAGCUGCUAUAGUGGCUUUGGACGAGGUGGUUCCUUUGUUGAGUCUGGAUCACAAACGAGCACAGAUUCUGGCUAAAGUGAUCCAAGGUAUGUUCCUGAAGACGUUCACGGUAGAGGAGGACAGCGUCCAAACUAACAUAGUGCUGGUCAAGAUACCGGAGCACAGCCACGUGACCGCUGAGCAGGUGAUCCAGCGGUUAGCGCAGGUCAGCCUGGCCGAGACACAGGGCGACUGCAAAACCCCAAACGACGAAGGCGUUAUUUUAAAAGCUAUAUCGUUCAAUUCUAAGACAAUUCGCUUCACAAUACACCGGGAGAUCAAUGACGAACAGCUGUGGCUCGCCAUCAUGAAGAUCACUUUUGUGUUUAAGGAGUUUGAGGGAAGUGCGUAG